AUGACUUCCUGGAUCUGGAUGAAAGGAAUUGAUGCGGCCAUCGCCGAAAAGCCGAUUGACCCUGUGUGCCCGGAGGAUCAUCGACCUGCAGUGGCGGACCUGAUCAAGAAGCAUUCCGAGAAGAUUGCCAAGAUCAAGGGAGUAUUGGAAGAUGAUCCACUCUACAACCCCACAAAGCAUGACGAUCUAUGGAUCCUUCGUUUUUGGUUGAGCCACAAGAAAUCAAAGACAGCCAUUGCCGCCGCCAAGCACACCUUGGAGUUUCGCGACAAGCACAAGCUCGAUGAAAAAGAUAUUCGAAGUGUCCCUCCUCAUCAAGUCAAAUUAAAGGGUGACAACAACAGCAACAACAAUGACAACGAACAAGAUGAUGAUAUGCACACUCAAAAGGUGGCUGAAUUUAUGAGCAAAUGGAAAAGGGACGCCAUGGUUCUCACACUCCCCGACAAGGAACGAGGCGUAGUGGGUUUCAUACGGAUCAAAAGCAUGGAUCACCACAAGUUGGUGGCAGAAAUGUCAGAAGAUUAUUGGCUGGACAUUUACCUCUACAUUUCAGAGUGGGCUCAUCAAUGGUUGGACUAUGUAACCCGUACAACCGGAAGGCUUACCAAGUCGAUUCGAAUCGUCGACGGCAGCGGCUUGUCCAUCCGCAUGUUCAAUCGGGAGUGUAGUAUGCGAGAUGGUCGUGCCAUGGCGCUCAUGGAAGACUGCUACCCUCAGUCUUUGGAGGUUGUCUAUCUUUGUGACCCUCCUGCAUUCAUCAAAGCCGUUUGGAAGAUCCUGACUCUGGUUGUCCCAAAGCGCGUUAUGGAGAAGUUUGAUAUGAUCAAUCCAACCAAAAAUGAGAAGGAACGAGAGCAUCUCUAUCGACACAUUUCCAACGACAAUUUGCCCGUGGAAUAUGGGGGCAAGAACAAGGUUGCCGUGGAGGAUUGGUCAGUACCAGUAGCCUAA